AUGCCUCUGCCAAAGCCAAUCUACACACGACCCAAGUCGAAGGAUACAUCAGGUUCCGAUAAAGGUAUCACUGGCAAGAAGGCAGAGACGGAUGCGGUGAAAUAUACCCCGCCGAGCUCUGCUUCUUCAGCUGAAGACGCGCGCGAGAAUCAAGCGCAGCGUACAGGCGAGAAAGUGGUUACUCGCAAGCCGAUCCUGAAAUCCCGGCGCAAAUACCAGCCGACAGUGACUCUAGAGGAUGUUGAUGAUGAUCCAAAGGAUCAUACUAACUUCUUGAAGCCCAUUGCUCCUGCUGCAUCUACUGGGGAUAAAGAGCUUGAGCAGAACAAGGAUGAGGUGCAUGCAAUUCCGGAGUCUAUUGUCAGAGGAUCUGACUGGCCAUCUCGAUCCACGAAGCCUGCUCCCAACAACAUUGAGCAGCUUGCUGAGCAGUUUCGCAAGAUGGUUUCAGAAAGCCUGCAGGAGAUCAAGAAGGCCGAUAUGUUGAUGAAUGAGCGCAUACAAACCUUGCUUCGGCACCAUAACGGUGGAUUCCAGGGCAAUGAGCCAGUACGCUGCAUACCUUCCAAGAUGCCUGAGAUCGAGGAUUCGGAGCGGAGCAGUUCAUGCGAUUCACAUGCUCGACUUGAUCUCUCAAGCCUCGAUGACAGCUAUGUCUACGAAUCCGACGCCGGAAGUACCGAGGAUUCUAGCACUGUAGAUUCAGUUACCGAGAGCCAUACAUCCAGCGCAUACCUCAAGUCUGUCAUGGAGAGGUUGUCGGAGCUUAGCAACAUCCAGUUGCUCAAACAUAUUGACAUCCCAAAAUUGACUAAAGACGAAGCAAUCGAGAUACUUCGCGGCUUUGCUCACAUAGAAGAACACAUUUCAAAGUACAGUAACGGGCAGUCGAGCUCCAAGUCCUUCCCACUCCAGGACAUCGAUGAGAAAGAAGAGAAGGAAAAGACUGGUGUCAAAGAAGGUCACUUUGAGAGUGCCAAGUCUGUUCACGUCCCUCAACCCGAUGCUCGUCCUGCAGAGGAGAGUUGCUGGGGCCAGGCAGCAUCUUGGGAGGAUGCAAACAACAUCGACGAUACUUGCUCUACUCCGCGCUGUCAAAAUACCUGCGAGACUCGGGGCUGUAAAAACACCCGCGAUCCUCAUUCCUGCAUCUGGGACAGCUGUUACGCUGUAGAGACAAAGUUAGGUUAUUGUCCAUCUAUUGGUGGAUGUUCGUCUCCAGGUACGCUCAAGUCCACACCUAAACAUACCAAUGAAACCGGCUACCCUGAGAACACCCCGGCUCCAACCAUCCAAGCCAACGGACCACCCCUCGCUACGGAUGACUGGGCUACUAUGAGCCCUAAGGAUGACUGGGCCACUAUGGGCCCUUCCGUUCUUUGUAGCCGCAAGCCCCACGCCGUCCCCACCCCCGAGACUCCAAAGCCAACCACCUACAGCGUCACCUACUGGGCCACGAUCGAGCACGGCAAUCACAAGAUCGACAUUCCCAUUGACAGCAACAAUGUGUCUGGUUUCGAGAAGACGGUCAUUGAAGGCACUCUAGGCAUGAAGAAGGUGUGGAAGUGGAUCCAGGACAAGGGCCUCGACGACAAGAUCAGCCUGCAAGAUGCGUAUGACCUCGCCAAGGACAUGCGCGACGAUAUCAACAAGGAGAAGGACACCUCCAAAGACAGCACGAUGAACAAAUGGCCGCCCAUCAAUGGACGCGACUCGCCGCGCGAUAUGGAUUCUGACGUACCAGUCACUGGGUGGUUCGUGUCCCCGAAUACCUCGUCCUGGAACUGCUAA